ACUUUCACCGAGUAAAACCGAGUGAUGAGGAUCAGCUGACCGUGAAGCGCUGUCGUCCUUCGAUGGAGCAUUUCUCAGAGUAGUGAAUCAAAAAUAAAAAACAGCUUCUGAUUGAUCGACAAGUCCGAACACUGACAUGCCGUCGCUUCUGUUCUGUGGGCCGAAGAUGGCUGCGUGCGGGAUAGUGAUCAGUAUCUGGGGAGUCAUCAUGCUGGCCAUGUUGGGAAUCUUCUUCAGCGCAAAGUCGGCCGUGCUGAUUGAGGAUGUGCCGUUCACCGAGGAGGACAUUCGUAACGAUAAAAACCCUCCUCAGAACAUCUACAGUCUGUACAACCAGGUCGGGAUCAACUGCUUCAUCGCCGCUGGCAUCUACGUGGCGGUGGGCGCUGUGUCGCUUUGCCAGGUCCGACUCAACAAACGGCAGGAGUACAUGGUCACAUAAACGGCUGCAGCCGUGACCUGACCUCUGACCCCUGACCCCUGACAACCCGAGGACCUGACAUCAGCCGCUGGAAGUCAUUUUCUGUCCAUAAAGUUUACGUUACAGUGUCACACAACUUCCUUUAUAGCAGACCAAUCAGCAGCUGAGUCACCAGAGGGUCAUUUAAAUCUCCGUUUGGGGCAAUCUGAUUGGCUAAGAUGUUAAUGCAGUGAAGGGGGAUGAUCAGUCGGCACGUGAAUUAUUUAUUUUCAAGUUCAGACCUUUGAUAUGUUUGUUGUCUGCUGUGCUGUUUGUUGUCGUUGUUGUUGGAUGAAAUGUUGCAUCAUUCCUUUAAACAGGUCUUUCAUGAAAAUGAACAAACGCUGAUUCACUUUCGCUUCAUAACAUUUAUUUCAUCAUUGAAUUCAUUUUGAAUUAACAAGUGAAAAAUUAGAAAUAAAUUCAUCUUCAGUUAAAGAAGCUGUUCAGACAUCUUCUGUCAGCUGGUUGAACUAAAUAAUGCUUUAUUAUUAUGGUAAUGGAGGUGACACCCUGACAGCAUAAAGUGACUCUGUUUCAUCAUUUUAUAGAUUUUCCAUCACCGUUUCUGAUCUUUAUUUUUACCUGUUGAAGCAAACUGAUCAGAAACAAACACAUCAAGGUGUCGAUUCCACAGAGCUGCUGACAUUAAACCAUCCUUCAGAAGAAAUACAGGUGUUAAAGUAAAAGUGUGUUCAGGCUGUUUGUUAUUAAUGCUACUGUGGAUCAAAUACAAAGGUGUUUAAUGUGACAAAAUUAUGGUGGAUAAUCCUUUGCAAUAAAGUGUGUGUGUGUAAAAAUUGUU